AUAUUUAUUAGUUUUUUUCUUUUUUUUCUCUCAGCUUCAGUUUUCACAGUGAUUCAGCAAUACUAAGUGAGAGAGAAGGAAAGAACUUAAAAGAAAAACAAAUUUGUUGUUAUCUGCAAAAAUGGAGGGGCCUUAGCUUUUGCUAACAAAAUUUCCUCUUCAGAUUCAGAAAUUUCGAGCAAGGAGUUUAGUUUUUCUUUUCAUUCAGUUUAGAUCUUUCUAAUCUAAACUGAUAUCUUCAGGUUAAGAGAGAUAUUCGAGGUUCAACAGAUUUAAUGUCUACACCACUGCACGGUAUUGCGGAGGAGGGGCUAAGUAGCAAUGUAUCUACAGUGGAUAGAAUUUCCCUUAACAGCUCGGAACCAAAAGAGCGUAAUUAUAUGGGAUUACCAGAUAGUUCAUCAGAUGAGAACUCUGUAUUAUCUAGCUUAUCUGAUGGAAAGAAGAGCAAUUUGAAUCUUAAAGCGACAGAGCUAACACUUGGGCUACCUGGAAGUCGAUCUCCUGAAAGACAUCAAGAGCUUUGCUUGCUUAGUUCAGGGAGGCUCGAUGAGAUACAGCUGUUUCCUUUGCUACCAUCAUCAUCAAAGACAGCUUUAUCAGGCAACAAAAGAGGGUUUUCGGAUGCCAUGCAUUUCUCAUCCAAAAAGAAUUGUUCAGAUCCAGGAGUACAAUCUACUUCUGUCAAGGAGAACUCUGAAUCUCAGCCGUGCUUACUAAAUGAUGGGUCUCAUACUAUCAGUGAAUGUGGUCCUUCUAAUAACACUAGCAAUAAUUUAGCUUCCAAGCUACAAGUCGGAAUGUUUCCAUUGAUGAAAUCUUCUAAUAACUCCAGUAAUCCUUCAGCUGCUAAGGCACAGCUUGUUACGUGGCCACCUGUAAAAUCUUCUACUAACAGUUGCAUUUCUCCAGCAGCCAAGACGCAAGUUGUAGGGUGGCCUCCAUUAAAAUCGUCUAACAACAUUAGUAAUCCUCCAGCUGCCAAGGCACAAGUUGUAGGCUGGCCACCGAUAAGAUCGUUUAGGAAAAACACGUUGGCCACUACUUCAAAAAACAAUGACGAAGUUGAUGGGAAACCUGGCCCUGGUCCAUUGUAUGUGAAGGUCAGCAUGGACGGUGCUCCUUAUUUAAGGAAGAUUGACCUGAGGAGUUAUUCUUCAUAUCAAGAACUGUCAUCUGCUCUUGAGAAGAUGUUUACCAGAGGCCAAUGUGGGUCCCAUGGAGCUCAAGAAAGUGAAAUGCAGAGUGAGCGCAAAGUGCGAGAUCUUCUAAAUGGAUCAGAGGAUGUCCUAACAUACGAGGAUAAGGAUGGUGACUGGAUGCUUGUAGGAGACGUACCAUGGGAGAUGUUUAUUGAAUCUUGUAGAAGGCUGAGGAUCAUGAAAAGCACUGAUGCAAUUGGCUUAGCUCCAAGGGGGACAGAGAAAUGCGGAAACAGAAAGUAGCCAAGUCUAAGCAGAAUAAGUGAUAUUCUUGCCUCCAGUCAGAAUGAGAAACCAACCAUCAAAGCAAAGGUGAGUCAAGCACUUGAAGUAGAUUGAAGUUAAGGAAGAGAGGGGAGAGAAUGCAGUUCAAUAAAGAUCAAAAUGGUGUUUUGGAUGCUACAGCUCUUAUCCUUGUAUGAUUUUGAUUUUAUUUGCCUGUGGGAGUUCAUGUAAUUUCAUUUUGUCAAGGCUUAGUUAUUGAUACGCCUAAUGAAGAAACACUAUUUUGGAGUCCCUAAUUAACAUAUAAUUUGACUAGUGUUGUGAGUGUUGUUUGUCCAUGUUUUCUAACUUGGACUAAUAGUUUGUGAAGUGUUUGUGAUGAAUUUGUUUUUUGUAAAGACUACCUUGGGGUUGCGUUUCUUCAUCUUCCUGAUGAAUAUUUGGAAUUCAUGGUUUAACCACCAUUUU